GUCUAUACCAUAAAACGAAUUCUCUCCUUGCACACAUAUCAUGUCGGGCUAUCACGUCGAGCACGGAAUCAAGGAUGAAGCGCCCCCUUCUGCCCCGAGGCGACGACGUCCCGAUCUGUCGACCUUCUUCAGCACCCUCGACGUCGUCGACACGUCCGGCGCACGCGCUCCCUCCAACGCCCACGCAGUUCCUCAUCCCAGCGACAUCGCCGCUGCCUACCGCACCCUCGCCAAUGCCUUUGAGAUGAUGCGUGGCGCCUCCUCCACCCCCGGCGAUGGUUCGAGUGAUCUCAUGGCCACCCUCGUCGAAUCGCUCCUGCAAGGCGCCGAACACCCACCGACGAAAGUCGAAGGUGUCUCCGACGAGUUCCUUGCACAGCUCGAACGGGUGGACAAGAAGGAGCUGCUCGCACUCAACAAGAAGAGACAGGAAGAAGUGUCGUGUCCAAUUUGCUCGAAUCCAUUCUUGGAGGACUCGCAUCCGCUGGUGGUCCGGCUGCCGUGUCAUGAUGAUCAUCUGUUUGAUCUGGAGUGCAUCACGCCGUGGUUAAAAUUGAACCCCACCUGUCCUUUGGAUCGCAAGGACUUGUUGCAGAAGAAGGUGGUUGUGCCGACGAAAGUGGAGGAUGACGAGGAGGAGUACGAUGAUAUGUAUUCGUGAAAGGGAGAAGAACGAGGCAGAGACAUUGUGGGAUGCGAUUCUACCUACUUCUCCAUGUCGUUGGCAAACAUGAGCGCCGACGACCAGUGCGACGUUAGAGACUUGAUGGCUGCAGCAUACCACAAGUAAUGCUGAGCUCAUCGCAGACGCCCUUCCCCCAAAAGGCAUUAGACUUAGUCCAUCUUGCUGAUGGAUGAUCACGGAGUAUGCUAACGAUGCAGGACGCAACCGAACAUGGUAUCGCCAUGACUGUAGACUUGAACAUG